GCGUCGCGGUUGGGGCGUCCUCUUAGACGAUUGUAUAAAGAGGGAGCGUUCGGGUGAAAAAUAACGAAAGCUGCGAAGAGCGUAAACAACGAACGCCUGCCGACAUGUUCACCGCGCAGCUUUUGCUCCUGCUCCUGGCGUUCUGCUCUGUCCGAUCGGCUGUGCCCAUGCGCCGAGACAAAACCGCCACAAGCGGCAGCAUGGAACUAGAUGAGGUGAAGAAAAACAACCUUGUGAAUGUCCUUUUGGCCAUACUAGAUUGGGCGUCACCGUGGGCCGACACAGAUACCAUGAACAACGAAGAUCCGGAGUUGCAGUACAGACCACAAAGAUCCAUGUACAACCCACCCAUGGCCAGGGAGAAGAGCAUGUGCAAAAACUUCUUCUGGAAGACCUUCUCCGCCUGCUAGAUCCCCUCCUCUACCUUCCAGUACUUGUUCUACGUACAGAACCAUGUGCCGCACCACAAAGAUUCAUCUGACGCUUCAUGUAUUACUCAUAAAGAAAUACAAAGGACCUCACCAAUACAAGUCUCUGAAAGUAAUAAUGUCCUUGCUGCCAAAAGUAACCAGUCAGGAUCUUUCUUUCAAGGUCUAAUUUUGACCUAGAACAGCCUUUCUCAUGAUAGGUUCCUCCAGAAGCUUGCAGAUUGACCCUCAGCUUGAUGGUAUCUGCACAUUUAUGUGGACAGUGCCACUUGGCAGAGUCAGCGUCAUGGCACCAAUGAUCUUUUUAGCUGUCUGUAAGAAUGCCAUUCUGACCACCACUGUAAGAAAGGGCUUUCUGCUCAUUGACCACCAAUGUAAGGGACAUUUUUCCUCUCUUACCCCAAAUUAAUCAGUUUUAGCAGGGGUUCCCUGAGACCUGGACUAUAUUUUAAGGGUUCCAUUAGUACAGGGGUCUCCAAACUUUCUAAAUAAAGGGCUUUUUUUUACAGUCCAUCAAACUUUAUAUGGGCCCGGCUGCGGCCAUUAGGAGUAGAAAAGGUUCUGACGUCAAUAGGGAAAAAUCAAUGCCCCACCUUUGGUGUCAGUGGAAAGAAUUGUGCCCCAUCAAUGGCAUAAUUGGGAGGAAUUGUGCCCCUUUAUUGGGGUCAGUGAGGGGAAAUAUACCCCGUUGUUGGUAUCAGUGGAUGAAAGAGUGCCCCAAGGGCCACAUAAAAGCAA